AUGACGAUCUCCACGGUCGGCGCAGCCCGUCACAUCUCCCCUACGGUCAUCUCUACCUUCUUCAAGCACUACUUCCGGCAAGCCAAGAAGAGCAAAGAGGAUCGUCGUCUCGAAGCUACCGACGAACUCCUCUUCGAUGAAGCUUUCCACAUUGUCAAGCGAUUCAUCUCACUAGGAACAGCAGAUACAGUCGAAGCACUGCAAGCUUUCACCAACACACGGAUCCCCUCUCAACCUUUUACCACUCUUGUGCCUACACUCAUACCCCUCCACUCGUGCGAUCAGGCGGCUAGGGCUCUCAUAGAGUACUUUGGCGAAGAAGACCUCAAGAAUGUCGUGGGAGGGGAGCGAUGGUGGCAGGUUCGUGGGCUGAAUGGAGUAGAGGCAGAAUGGGUCGCGAUGACCAAGGAUUGGAAACAUGCAAAGGUGCCUGCUGCUGCCUCCCAAGAGAAUGGUCAGGACGAGGGGGAAGUCCCAGUGGAAGAGCUUGACCGCCUGCGUAGAGUCAUGCUCUAUCUUCACGGUGGUGGCUACUACUUUGGCUCUUGCAAUACGCACCGCUAUCAAAUCACCCGCUUAGCCCGCAAGAUGGGAGGAAGAGCCUUCUGUCCCAACUACCGCAAAGCACCAGGCUUUCCUUGGCCAUGUCCACUGCAAGAUUGUCUCGCCGCUUGGUUCUACCUCACUGAUCCGCCGCCGGGCGCGGGCCACAAGGCCAUCGAUCCAAAGAAUAUCGUAUUGGCUGGAGACUCAGCCGGUGGUGGAAUGUGUCUUGCUGUGCUUGGAGUGCUGAGGGAUCUUGGAAUGCCUAUGCCUGCAGGUGCCGUCCUCAUCUCGCCUUGGUGCGACAUGACGCACUCCUUCCCUUCAAUCAUGCAGAACACCGACUCAGAUAUCAUCCCGCCGUAUGGCUUCAUACACAAGCCUUCUACCCUCUGGCCCAGCAACAAUGUCUCACCUGGCAACCAGACGCCCAAGGCUUCUACUGACGCACCUGGAGGAUCACCAGGACCAGAAGGUGGGGCAACACAUGAGCCCUCGGGACCAUCGCAGCCCACUCGGAACAGUUCAGAAAAGUCGAGUACAGAGUCGACCGCGAAUGGUGGGGCAGAGCAGAACAGCGGUGAGACAUCAGCCAAGGGGCAGGCCAACUCCCGCUUCUCGGGGGUGCCGCCAGCUCCCCAUCCUUUGCAGUCUGAGCCUAUCCGCGUCGAGCUUACGGGUCACAAGGACCCAAUCGAGCUGAAGCAGCAGAUCCAGUUGUAUGCCACCAAUAAUCAGCUCUAUCAUCCCCUCUGCUCGCCAAUCUUGCAAGGCUCUCUAGGCGGUCUGCCGCCCUUGUACAUCUUGGCUGGAGAUGGUGAGGUCCUGAGAGACGAAGUCAUCAUGCUGGCCCAUCGUGCCGCUCGACCCGAGAAGUAUCCACUACCUGAGCAUCUUCUAGCCAAGAAUGGGAGAUCAAGAGAAACGGCUGAGCGCUUCAACUCUCAGCCAACUCAGGUGCAUCUGCAAGUCUUUGACUACCAGUGUCACGUCCUAACCCUCUUCUCCUUCACUACCGCGGCGAGGUUCGCCUAUCGGGCUAUUGCCAGUUUCUGCAAGUAUGUGACGCGAGCUGAGACGAUUGAGGCGGGUAGCUGGUCCAGCUCGAAGGGCAGUCCUUUUCCCAUUCUUGCUCAAGAACCCAGCCCGUCUUCAAGUGUCUUCAGUCCUCUGCCACCAAAAGAGGAGCGAUCUGCCAAUGGCAAGGAGGUCAGCCGGACUAUCUCGGCAAGUAGACCAUCCCCUCUUGAUACGACCACGAUGGGACUGAGGACCGACAGAACUACCGAUUCGCCCGUGACUCUCGGCGUGCAAAACGACUACAGUGGACAGGUCCCCCUUAUCCGUCCAGCCUACGAAGAGCACAUGAUCCGCGAGCGAGUCGAUGUGAGAGGAGCUGUACGAGCCCUUGAGCCCGAGGAAGAACUGCAGUCCAUCCGCCUCUUUGUCGAUCAUCCCAAUCUGAUCGGGUCGAUCCGUGAAGGGCCUGUACGACGUUACCUGGAAGGACAGGAGAAGUGGGACAAUCGUUUCAAGAAGACUGCGAAGCAUGUGGAGAAGAAGAGAAAGGCUAAUGAGAAGGCCGCAGAGGAGAUGCUGCGCAGGGCUGCUGAGAAGGGUCUGCUUCAUAGGGGAAAGACGGGGCAGGUACGACCUAGAGGUACCAGUCGUGGUCAGGCUCGUACCCGGACUAGUGGUAGCAGACGAGGUGGAGAUCGACGCAGAGGCCAUCGGAGUAGGAGCGAGGUAGCUGCAGAAGAGUGGGUGGAAGAACCACCUCGGUACGGCCCACUAGACGUCUGUCUCGCAGGAGAAACACCACCUCCCUCUGCCCUUGCGGGAAGAAGGGACUGCGAUGACUCUCUGACUCUUCUUCGUACCUCACUC